CUUGACGAUGGGUCUUGCAUGUGACACUCUUGCCCUCUAGUGCCUCACCAGCUUGGUAGCAGUUUGAUGGCAAAUAUUAAUAAGAUGUUACAUAACAAGGAUUUUGGGCCAGGAUUGGUAUUGCUGCCACUUGUAAAGCCAAAAAUUCUGAGCCGAUGGUAACAGAUGCUGUUUCGGGUUAUUGUAUGUCUAUUGAAACUUUCUCCAACAUUUUGAACUCUUUGAAUUUUAAUUCCAGACUGUAUUUCCUGUGAGUCAUAAUCAAGCAAUACAAAUGUGCUGCAAUGGUGACAUAAACUAUUGACUGAGACUGGGAAAGUACCUGAAACACCAAGUUUUCUUUUCUUUUUUAAAUGGUGCUUCUGUUGGAAGAGUCAAGGAAAACCUAUACAUCAUGAGUUUUAUCAUGAAGCUUCACAGACACUUUCAAAGGACGGUUAUUUUGCUUGCCACUUUUUGUGUGGUGAGCAUUAUUAUUUCUGCUUACUACCUGUACAGUGGCUACAAACAGGAAAAUGAACUCUCUGAAGUGGCUUCAGAAGUGGACUGCGGUGACCUCCAACACCUACCGUAUAGACUAAUGGAAGUGAAGGCAAUGAAGCUUUUUGAUGCCGCAAGGACAGACUCCAUUGUCCUUGUGUUUGUGGAGAGUCAGUACUCAUCCCUUGGUCAAGACAUCAUUAUGAUUCUAGAAUCAAGUAGAUUCCAGUAUCACAUUGAAAUUGCUACCGGAAAAGGAGAUCUCCCAGCACUUACAGACAAAACUAAAGGCAAAUAUGUUCUCAUUAUUUAUGAGAAUAUUUUAAAAUACAUAAAUAUGGACUCUUGGAAUCGAAGCCUUUUAGAUAAAUACUGUGUAGAGUAUGGUGUGGGUGUCAUUGGAUUCCACAGAACUAGUGAGAAGAGUUUACAGAGCUUUCAGUUAAAAGGCUUCCCCUUUUCUAUAUAUGGAAACCUGGCAGUAAAAGACUGUUGUAUUAAUCCUCAUUCUCCUUUGCUCCGUGUGACCAAAUCAUCAAAGCUUGAAAGGGGUUCUUUACCUGGAACUGACUGGACAGUUUUUCAAAUUAAUCACUCAACCUACCAACCAGUAAUAUUUGCCAAAAUAAAGACCCCGGAAAAUCUUUCUCCUCCAGUCUCUAAAGGUGCUUUUUUUGCCACUAUCAUACACGACUUGGGUGUUCAUGAUGGAAUUCAGAGAGUUCUUUUUGGCAACAACUUGAACUUUUGGCUGCACAAGCUCAUUUUCAUAGAUGCCAUCUCCUUCUUGUCAGGGAAGAAGCUGGAACUGUCCUUGGAUAGAUAUAUUCUCGUUGACAUUGAUGAUAUAUUUGUGGGAAAGGAGGGAACCCGAAUGAACACCAAUGAUGUUAAGGCCCUGCUUGAGACUCAGAAUCUUUUGCGGGAACAAAUCAGAAAUUUUACAUUCAACUUGGGAUUUUCAGGAAAAUUUUACCACACAGGAACUGAAGAGGAAGAUGAAGGAGAUGACUGUCUUUUGGGGUCUGUUGAUGAGUUCUGGUGGUUUCCUCAUAUGUGGAGUCAUAUGCAGCCCCAUCUCUUCCAUAAUGAGUCAUCUUUGGUGGAGCAGAUGAUUCUCAACAAAAAAUUUGCCUUGGAGCAUGGCAUUCCUACUGACAUGGGCUAUGCAGUGGCUCCUCAUCAUUCAGGUGUCUACCCUGUACAUGUACAGCUUUAUGAAGCCUGGAAGAAGGUUUGGAAUAUUAAAAUCACCAGCACUGAAGAAUAUCCACAUCUGAAACCAGCUAGAUAUCGGAGGGGCUUCAUCCACAAAAACAUCAUGGUUCUUCCAAGACAGACCUGUGGACUUUUCACUCAUACGAUUUUCUACAAAGAAUAUCCUGGAGGUCCUAGAGAGCUGGAUAAGAGUAUCCAAGGAGGUGAACUUUUCUUCACUGUGGUACUCAACCCAAUCAGUAUUUUCAUGACUCAUUUGUCUAACUAUGGGAAUGACCGACUGGGAUUAUAUACAUUUGUUAAUCUGGCCAACUUCAUGCAGACCUGGACCAACCUGCGUCUUCAGACUCUGCCACCAGUGCAACUGGCUCACAAGUAUUUUGAACUCUUUCCUGAUCAGAAAGACCCUCUUUGGCAGAAUCCUUGUGAUGACAAACGCCACAGAGACAUAUGGUCAAAGGAAAAAACCUGUGAUCGCUUACCAAAAUUCUUAGUAAUAGGACCCCAGAAAACUGGUACCACUGCUUUGUUUCUGUUCCUGGUUAUGCAUCCUUCCAUUCUUAGUAACUCCCCCAGCCCAAAAACCUUUGAGGAGGUACAGUUCUUUAAUAGAAAUAACUACCACAGGGGGAUUGAUUGGUAUAUGGAUUUCUUCCCAAUUCCAUCUAAUGUUACUACUGACUUUCUGUUUGAGAAAAGUGCCAAUUAUUUCCACUCAGAAGAAGCUCCUAAAAGAGCUGCUUCCCUAGUCCCCAAAGCCAAGAUCAUCAGCAUUCUCAUUGACCCAUCAGACCGAGCAUACUCCUGGUAUCAGCAUCAGCGAUCCCAUGAAGACCCUGCAGCUCUGAAGUUUAGCUUCUACGAAGUAAUCUCAGCCGGGCCCCACGCACCCACGGAGCUUAAAACCUUGCAAAAGAGAUGUUUGGUCCCUGGGUGGUAUGCCAGCCACAUUGAGAGAUGGCUUGUUUAUUUCCCUCCCUUUCAGUUGCUAAUUAUCGAUGGGCAACAACUAAGAACUGAUCCUGCUACAGUAAUGGAUGAAGUACAGAAGUUUCUAGGAGUCUCUCCUCAUUAUAAUUACUCAGAAGCUUUAACGUUUGAUUCUCAUAAAGGUUUCUGGUGUCAGUUGCUGGAAGAAGGUAAAACAAAAUGCCUUGGAAAGAGUAAAGGAAGAAAAUAUCCACCAAUGGAUUCUGAUAGCAGAGCAUUUCUGUCAAGCUACUAUCGGGAUCACAAUGUGGAACUCUCAAAGCUGCUACACAAACUGGGUCAACCUCUCCCAUCUUGGUUGAGACAAGAACUGCAGAAAGUGAGAUAGCAUUGAGAGAAAACUUGUUGAGGAUUCAUCUUUUCCAAAGUUUUCAGAAGCUACCAAAAGAUGAUCAAAAUAUACCUCUUCAAAUAAGAAGAAAGGACAAGGCUCCUUCCAUGUGCUGGCAUGUGGAUUAUUAGAAAAAAAAAAGACAAGAAAAAUAUGUUACAACCCUUGAGGCCUAUGGCCUACUGCUUAAUGCUCAUCCGAGCCUGUGAGAUUCUCAUAGACUACUUACUGUGCACUCAUGUGUAAGUCAGCAGCAGCAAACAUAAAUAACAAACACAAAUGCAAAACUGUCCAUUUCAUAUUAAUAUUUACACUUUGAUAUGUCAACUAAGAUUGUGUCUACAGAUUUUUAGACCACUGUUUGCCUGUAAUUAUUUUUAAUUCUUGGAUUCUAUGAGGCAUCAUUCAAAAUAAGAACCAAAAUAAACCUCACAAUGUAACAUAAAAUUCCAGAAGCAUAACACAUAAAAAAGCUUGUCAAAACUUAAAUCCACUGAAGUAUUUAGAAAGAAUUGUAAAUUGUAAUUUGUGCUAGAUCAGAGAGUGAAAAAGCUAUACAUGUGCUUUAUCUGCAUAAAAAAGAGAAGUACUGUAGCAAAAAAAGAAAAGUGAUUUGUCAUAUAUAUAGUCUAGUUCAUUUAUGUAAAAAUUACUAACUCUUCCAUUGUAAGGUAACUAUUAUACUGAAAUAUAUAUUGUAAAUUUGUUGGAUGAUACGUAGAAACACACUGAGUACACCAAAAUAGUAAAUGAUAAUGUAAGUGUAUUGACUAAAUCCUCUAUAAAGGAGAAAGGAUAGGGGUCUAAAGAUAUAUCAUUGAGAACUCUAUACCCACUUGCUGUGUGCUACAAAUCUAUUCCAGCAGUCCUCUCUAGUUCUACAGAAAUGCAUGCAGAGUCUCUGAGAUAUGUGUCAUCUCUGGUAACAAACCAUCUUUUGAUAUGAAUAGCUUACCUAUAUGUUUCCCAGAGUAAAACCUACCAAAUUAAAACUAAGGACAGCUUCCCGAGAUGAUUGUUCAGAUUGUUUACCCUUAUAUUAUUACAAAGCUACAUUUUUCCUAUAGUCCAAAAUAAAAUUAUAUAAUGUCAGAUUUGUAAUAAAACAGAAAUUAAUAUUUGAUUUAUAAUCUUAUAUUUGAAAUGAUAAUUGUAAUACAAGGCAGAGAAAAAUAAGAAUAAAAUCCCAUUUUUAAAAUUAUUUCACAUAUCAUUGUCACAGAAGAUAACAGAACACAGUUAAAUUUAUGGAUAGCUACAAAAGUAAAUGAAGCAUCACAUGACUAUUGAAGUAUAUUUAUACUUACUUAAUGAAAUAUUUAAAAAGGAAAAGAUUUAAAAUAAAUCAACUUAUUUUCUUGUAUUAACAUUUACUUAAUUUUAGAUUACUUCACAUACACACAAAAUUUAAAUAGUAAAUAAAUUCCCUGCUAUGAUUACAUGUCUUUAUAAAAAAUCCUUAAAGGUAUGAUUUAAAAAAUAUAUGCAAGGAAACUACUAUUUUCAUUGUCACUAUAAUGUGUAAAACUAAUUCUGUAUAAUAAUUAGAAAACGAAAUGUUUGAUCCUUAUACUUGCUGUAAUUUUAAAUAUACAUUAUAAUUAUCAAUUAAAUGUUAUUUUGAGAUCUUAUGUACCCCCCAAAUACAUUAAUUUUUAAACAAAGAGCAGAAAGAAUUGGAAGAAAAACAAUUGUAAGACCCUUAGUAAAAAGCAAAAGCAAAAUCAUUUAAACAAACAUGAGAAACUCAGUCUUUAUGCCUACUGUUGACUCUUUCAAAGAAACACAUGCCAAACAUACUAAAAAAAAUUAUAAUAAUCUUUCAUUAAUAAUCUCCAUUAAUUUAAGAAAAUUGACUUAAGAAGGAUACAAUGAGAGGAGGCUGCAGCAGUUACAUACAGUAUCUUGUUUUUAUUUGUCAACAUUUUUGUUGAUAAAAGAAAAAAGGAAAGUUGAUACAUAUACGCUUUAAAGAUGAGAUAUACCUUUAAAUUUCUGAAUAAGUUGUGAAUGGAAUCCUCUUGUCAAGGUAAAUUGACUUGACUGAACAAUUCACCCUUUGAAAUAAUUGUUUAUACUCAGUGCUUGUAUAAUGAAAGGAGAAAAAAGGGAAGAUAUAGCAUCAAGAUUAACUCCAUCACAAAGUAUGGAGUUUGAUGCUACAUACAGUUGCAAGGGUUUGAAAGGAUUUUUGACCACUCAGCGUGUGUUUUGAAUAUACUAUCAAAUUCCAGAAGAUGUGCAUAUUUUCCACACUGUAUAUUCCAGUCAGUCAUGCUAUUCUGAAACUAACAUAAAUACACAUGAGAAAAGACUGAGAGAGAACAUGAUUUAAAAAUUGCUUUGUAUAGAAUUCCCUUUUUCAUUGCUUAAAAUAUGAAACUUCCUCAGGAAGAAAUGAAAUGGUUAUUUCCCUGUUUAUAGCUAUAAUAUUUGUCAUUCACAUUGAAUGAAAAUUACUGAAAACAUUCUUUUUCUCUGCGUUUUUUUUUAAGAAAAAAAAAACUGGAUAUAACUCUGAUAGUGGCAUGGUACCUCAUGUAAAACAAUAAACUCUUAUAAGAAAAUGAAGAUUUUGGGACUAGUGAUUUUAGGCAAGAAGUAGGUACUUGAUAAUUUUGCCUGGGAGGCAGUGGGAAGUGGUAACAGAAUAUAGAUGCCACUAACAUAAGCUAAAGUAGAGAUGGAUGAGUGCUUCUGAGUAAGAAAUAAGUAAAAAUUUGUAUACAACUGUUCAAAGUUCUCCUAAA